CCCGCUCCACCAUCUACCGCCACCACAAUGCCCAGGGCGCGCACCACAUCCAAGCCCGAGUCCAGGCUGACGCGUCAAGGCACGCAGAACAGCGAGAAGACGGACGCCAGCGACAAGAGCGACAAAAAACGAAGUAGGUCGCCGGCGACUAGGACAUCAAAACGGGCGCGAGUUGAACCAGCGACGACAGCGGCGACCAAGGCCAAAACGACCACCAAGGCUGCGGCAGCACAGAAGGCGGCCAGCAAGUCUGCUGAGAAGCCUGUCGCGAAGCCUGCGCCCAAGGCCGCUGCCCCUAGAGCACCCAAAGCCCCAAAACCGGAUUUAAUCUCGCCACCAACACUUCCUGCUCCAACACGACCAUCGCCUCUUGUCUGGGUGUGGGGAGCCACCGACUCUGGCCAGCUUGGGCUGGGUGAAAACUACAACAGCGAGGUCCCGAAACCCAGGAGACACCCCUGGGCCGAGCAGCAGAUCUCAGAAGGGACGUUUGGUUCGGAACCUGGAGCUGGCAUUCUUUCCGUCACCUCUGGAGGCUUGCAUACUUACUUGCUUGACGAGAAGGGUAGAAUUUGGUCCGCUGGUACCAACGACGAGGGGGCUCUUGGUCGUGAAACCAAGAAGGAACCCACCGAGAAUGAGGCCCACUUGAGAGCCCAGGAAUUCGUCUUGAUUCAAACCCUUGCCGACGAGGGCUUCCGGGCCGUCCAGCUUGCCACGGGCGACAACUUUGGUGCCGCCCUCAACGAUCAGGGUGAUCUGAAAGUGUGGGGUACCUUCCGAGACGAUGAAGGCAAAUCUAACUUCUCAUCUGACGUCGGGAAGCAACUCGCGCCGACGUCCAUCACCAUCCACGGAUUGUAUACCCCCAAAUCUUCAUCCGACAAAAUUGCUUCUAUCGCUGGUGGUGAGAACCACUUGGUGGCACUGACCACCCAAGGCGAGGUCUACUCGUGGGGCAUUGGUGGCUCGGGUCAGCUAGGCCGCAGAGUAUUGUCUCGCCACAAAAACGAGGCCCUUGCGCCGAAACGAGUCGUGCUCGGAAGUCGCUCGCGCAAGGCUGUCCUCAUCGGUGCCGGUCUGCGAUCGACCUUUGCUGUGGACCAGGCAGGCGAGGUGUGGGGUUGGGGCCUCAACAGUGUUGGCCAACUCGGUAUCGGCGAACGUGGCGAGAUCGUGCUUCAGCCUACCAAGUUGGAGGUGCUGAGUCCCUCGAACUUGCCUAGCAGCGUCGAGGGGGAGCAGGAUCGAGUCGUCCAGAUUCGAGGAGGCGAGUUCCACACCGUCUUCCGUACCGCCCAGGGCAAGGUGUACGCUUGCGGCGCGUGCAACGACUAUCAGCUCGGUCUACCCGAGGACCACGAGGUGUUCGAGGGCAAGGGAACGAGGGGAGCAGAGUGCAUCACGGAGCCGGUGCUUGUGCCUUUGCCCGACGCUGUGAAGGACGACCCGGUGGUGUGGAUCUCGGCUGGUCCCCGGUACAGCAUGGCUGUUACUCAGGACGGUGCGCUGCUCUCGUGGGGUGUUGGUGAGCAGUCGGAGCUUGGGUUGGGUGACGAGACGGAGGCUGUCACUCCUCAGAUUGUCGUUAGGAGAACGGGUAGCUGGUCGGCCAUGCAGGUCUCGUGUGGAGGCCAGCAUGUUGUUGGGUUGUUCAAGAAGCGAGAGUCGUCGUAA